ACCCUCUUGUUCCCCCUCAACAGCAGCAGCGCAGCACACAGCCAAGCGAACCCAACGCGAGCUAGGAAAAUAGUUCUCCAUGAGGCGGAGGUCAUGCUCUCCUCAGCUCUGCGUGGCGUUUUUAGAAGGCUUAUGGUCACAUAAACUUUACGCCAAGCUUACAAGCCGCCCCAUGCUCUGUAAAUGCAGUUUUUAUAGCUAGUUUCCGAGCGAGUAAACAAACAUGAGCGCUAUUUCGAGACAGAGACACGGAGCGACCGCAGCGGCUGCAGCCCUGCCCGGCCCUCCUCCUCCAGACUCCGGCAGUGCGCCCUUUCCAGCCCCGCUGAGCCUCCUGAAGUACAUUAGACUAGAGAACCUUGCAGCGGGGCUUAGCGGGGGAGUCAUCGCCACCAUGGUGCUUCACCCGCUGGACCUCAUCAAGAUCCGCUUUGCAGUCAGCGACGGGCUGAAGGUCAGGCCGCAGUACGAAGGCAUGAUGCACUGUAUGAGGAGCAUCUGGCAGGUGGAGGGCAUCAGGGGGCUUUACCAGGGAGUAACCCCCAACAUCUGGGGUGCUGGAGCAUCAUGGGGGCUGUACUUCCUCUUUUAUAAUGCAAUUAAAUCAUACACCCAAGAGGGUCGACAGUCAGAGCUGAGUGCGCUGGAGCACCUGGUGUCUGCAGCUGAAGCAGGCAUUCUGACGCUUUGCCUGACCAACCCAGUCUGGGUGACAAAGACCCGGCUGGUGCUGCAGUACAAUGCAGAGCCGGACGGAAAGCAGUACAAGGGAAUGCUGGACGCCCUCGUGAAAAUAUACCGUCACGAGGGUAUCCCGGGAUUAUACAGGGGCUUUUUACCAGGACUUUUCGGGACAACCCAGGCUGCACUGCAGUUCAUGACCUAUGAAGCUUUGAAGAGGGAACAGAACAAAUAUAAGAAGAUGCAUUCAGAGGCACUGCUGUCUCCACUGGAAUAUAUCGUGAUGGCAGCCGUCUCUAAAAUAGCUGCUGUUGCAGCGACUUACCCGUACCAGGUGGUGCGAGCGCGACUUCAGGACCAGCACAACAAUUACAGUGGCAUAGCGGACGUCAUCAGGAGGACGUGGAGCAAUGAAGGAGUUGAAGGUUUUUACAAAGGCAUGGUGCCAAACCUGGUGCGAGUCAUUCCAGCCUGCUGCAUCACCUUCCUCGUCUAUGAGAACGUUUCACGCUUUCUUCUGGGACAGUACCACUGAACCUCACACACAGCAGCACAGCCAAAAACUACACAGCACAGCAACACAACAGUACAGCGGAGUGUCGGUGAGAAUCCUCACAGUGCAGCGUUUAAUUACCCUGAUGUUUAGCAUGUGCGCACAAGCGAAAAGUGCAUGCACUGGAGGAGAGAGCUGGGUAGCUUUUUUCUUUCACUGCUAGCUUAACUUUACUCUCAACUAUAAAGGGACAUUCAGGUCAUUAAUAGCGUUGGAGAGGUGUACCCAGUUUCCAUGUUGUCUCACACAUUUGUGAAUAAUUGUGUAGAAUAUAGAAUACACAGAGAAUGUACUGUGUAAAUAUGUUUUAGGGGGAAUUAAACGAUCAGGUUGUUUCGGAAUACUGUAUAGACCUAAAGCCAUGCUAUGAUGCAAUAGAGAAAAACAGUGGUGCACUGAACUUGGAUUCAGGUGUGUGGGUUAUUGUGGGGGAGAACCACACACAAUGUCAUUUUUACCCAUAAUUCUAUACAUCACUGCUUAAAAUGAAAAAUAUAUAAACUUUUUUUGAGCUCUGCGAGUUUAUAAAUAAUAAAAAAAACUUUAAAACUGUGCUCUAUUACAUAAAACAAGAAGUAUUUCAAACAUCAUGGGAGUGUGUUUUAAUCAAAUAAAUAUACCAUCAAAUUAGAUACUUAUCUUCAGGGGUAUCUGCUGUUAGACCAUGUGUAUGUUAGUUUGUGCCCCACUCUCCCAUAGAUAAUUUUCACAUGGAUAAAAUGUUAUACCAACACAAUUUUACUUGAAUAAAUUGUAUAUAGGUGGACUUGAUGCAUACAUUUGAAUUAAGUCAUUUCAGUGCAUCACGUUUCUCUGUGUGCUGCAACUCGUCACCAAAUUGUUAUGUGAACACCGUGCUUCUGUAUACAAGUGGUGUCCUCACACUAUAUGUUUUAUGUCUUUGUAUCAUGGCCACUGUGUCUUUUUGCAUUGUGUGUAUUCUAAAACAAGGCAAGCAUAAGCAGCCGGAAAGCCUGGACAGUCUGUGUGUGCUGCAUUUAGGAAUUGGAGGUUGAACCCGUUGACCUCCUGAGGAUGAAAGGAGUGAAUUUCCUCACUCUAAAGCUGGACCAUGAAUUGACUCACUGAGCACGCUCAGUGAAAUGGCAAAAAAAGCUGAAGGCUGAAGUGACAUCAAGGAAUGGACAGGUUUUAUACAAACCAAAUGUGUCUGGAUUACGCACAAGUCGAAAACAGGAGUGUUUUAACCCUGAGAAGUCUAGUGUUUUUCAAUGUCAUUUCAGUGCAGUGUGAAUUACAUGUAUAUUUAGUUUACUUUCUGUUUGGAGUUGACCUCUACAAUUCUAAACAAACAGAAAAUAUAAAGGAUGGUUUCUCUAAUGCAACUCUGGAAUCUUUGGCCAAAUGUUUAAUUUUGUUUGGUUUCUGCCAAAAAAAAGGUGCAUCCCAAGAGUAAAAUCCACACUUUCCACAAAAUGUAUCUGCUUGUUUUAAUAAAGUUAUAUGUAUAAGUAUAUAUAAGUAAGAAACCUUCAACUACACUUAUGUUAUUUUAUGUUAUUACUUUUCCUACAGUGGAUGAAAGCUGUGACUUCUAAAGGUUAAAACUAAAAUGGGUGAAUGAAUGUGUCGGUUGUGUUGGGAUGGGAAAGAGGAUCCUUUCUCUAUAAAAACUUUAUAAUUGUAUUUUUAGUGGAAAGCAACGUUCGCCGAGUCCCUUACCCCACUCUACUACUUCUUUAUUGGCAUAACAUAGUUAUGAUGUAUAGAUGUGUGUGCUUCUUCUAUACACACCAUACUAAUCCAGUGUGUAUUUUAAUCUGUUGGCUUAAUGUGUGUGUAUGUGUGUAAGUAAGGUGUCUGCCAGCCAUAUUGGCUCCGAUCACAGUUCGUCAGAUUAAACUUUGUGUCUUGAACAAUGCAAAAAUCAAACUCAGGAGAACUGCUAAAUAUAAUGAUACAUGUAAUUUUUACACAGUUAAUAAAAGAGUAAAAGGCAA